AUGUACAGGAAUGGUAUAAAACCCACAUUUCUCGGUGUGUUUCAAAUGAUGUCGGGUUUGGUUUCACCCAAAUCUGUUGGUCUCACGAAUCAGUCGGAAGUGAAUCGACUGCUCAGACGAAGCAAAAGAUCACAAUUCCUAUCGUUUACUUCACGAUAUUUAAUGGCAAUGAUUGAGAGGACAGCCGAGAAGACAGUGGGCUUCACGUGUUGGCAAAGAUAUAAAAUACAUGUCUUAGUUGUGGGCAAACAGUCGUAUAGCAAACUUUGUAUUUUGAAAUGUGAAAUGAAUAGCGAUUCAAUGGGAACUCAAAACCAAAGUAAGGCUCAGAAUAAAGCCAAUGCCAUCCAUACAAAGCUCAAGCUAAUGGUAAUGAUUGAGAGAAUGGCUGAGAAAAGAGUGGAUAACGCGCGCGUUGUCUAUGGGAUAAUACGUUUUCUCAUGAAAUAA